GCGGCGGCGGCGGCGCAGCAGCUCUCAGGGACCGACGGCUAAUUCUGAGCCGGAAGUUGGGCUGCCUGGCCGGCUUCAUGGCGCGCUGGGGCGGCGGCGCCUUGUCUAAGGGCCCCGCGAGGGCCGCGGAAAGAGAAGGGAAAGGCGACGGCCGCGGCGGCGAGAAGGCCCCGUCCGAGAGGCGGAGGCUGAAGGAGGCGGUGGCUGAGCGGCUGAGGCAGGAUGUGGAGAGGCUUCUUAAAGAAGAAAUCCAAACUGAUGUCACUUUCCGUGUUGGAGGUGCUCUCUUCCGAGCUCACAAGGGAGUGCUUCUAGCAAGAGUUCCCGAUUUUUUCUCCCAUGUUGCUGGAAGAGUGUUAAACAGUCCAAACCAUGGUGAAGUUUUGAAUCUGGAGAAUUUGGAACCCUCUGAAUUUAAAACAUUCCUGCAGGUCGUGUAUUCAUCCGGAAACGUCAAAGAGCCUGAGCAAGCGAUUCUCAAGAAAGAAAUAUCAAAGCCUAGCUCCACAAAGGAACAUGAAAGUGUGGACGUCAGCAAUCUGCAGAAUGGUGAAAUAUUCGCUGGACAGUGCCUAGAAAAUCAUGAAAGGACAUCUGGUUAUCAGUAUUCCUUAAGCGGAGCCCUAGAAACAGAAGCUGCUGCUUCCCCUUUUAUUGCAAAUGAAAUUACUGGAGAAGAAGCUGCUGCUGCUGCUGUUGAUGCUAAAGGCAAUGCAGUUGUGUCAGAUGAUUCUAAAAUAGAAACAGCAUCUCACUUAGGAAAAGACCUAUUGAUGCUCUGCAAGAAAUCUUGGUUUUCGGAUCUUACUAUAUGGAUUGACAGAAAACAAUUUCAAGUGCACAGGGCCAUUUUAUGUGCCAGAUCUUGUUACUUUGCUGCUAUGCUGAAUGGGAGCUGGGCCGAAAGCUCUCAAGAGCACAUCACUCUUCAAGGCUUAAACCAUGUAGAGAUGACUGUCGUUCUGCAUUUUAUUUAUGGAGGAGUUUUAGAUUUCCCAAACAAAGCAGAUGCUGGUUCCAUACUGAACAUUGCAGACAUGUAUGGGCUAGAGGGCCUAAGAGAAGUAGCUAUAUAUGUUCUGAAAAGAGACUACUGCAACUUUUUUCACAAGCCCGUGCCUGGGAAACACCAGCCUGUUAUCGAAUGUCUAGCUAUUGCCCAUUCGACAGGAGCGGAAAGCCUUUAUGAUGCUUGCAUGAAGUGGAUGGUACAGCAUUUUGUAAGAUGUUGGUCAGAGAAGAGCUUUGCUAGUUUAUUCCCUGAGCUUCAGAAUAAUUGUCUUAGCAUGUUGAUAAACUCUUUGAGUCCACAGAAUGCUGCCCAUCUUUUGAUGGAAGCCAACCGGCUGAUCGGUAGUCUUCCCCGAGUGAAGUGGACUGAAACAGCUCUUCUCUUGGCAUCUAGACUGCAAGAGGAGUGUGUAGCAUUUAUGGUGGCACAUUUCCCCGACGUAAUACAAACCGAGAGCUUUUUUGCCCUGUUACAGUCUCAGGCCAUGAGCAGUGAACCCGACCUCCUUGAUCAAGUGUUUGAAGCAGUUGAGAAGGGUGUUGGCAUUGAAAACAGUUGCUGUCUUCUUAUAGCCAUGGACACUUUGCUAAAUUCUGAAAAAGUGAAGGACACGGGGUUUACGUGCAGGAUCCAGGCUCUGCGUGAUAAGCUGUGGAUCUUCCUGGUUCAGUCGUUUUAUGCUGUUCGUCACACACAGAGCUGGAAGCUGCUGAAGGCAGACGAUCAACAGAACAUACAAGCAGCUGCUUUUGAUAAAGGCGAUGAUAGAAGACCUACCAAAAAGCCCGUAUUCACUAGUUCUCAGUUAAACAGAUGCACUACUGACAAUUCUGGUCUAAAGCAUCCUGCUUUGAAAGCGUACAGAAAGCAAAACAGUUGGGGUGGUUCCUGCACUAAUCAGGAUAAAAUGAAAUCUGAUGGAUUAGGAGCAUCUGGGCACACAUCGGCUACCAACAGGAACGGCACUAAUAAGACUUUGAAACAUGAUGAUUUAAAGGGGAAAGACAACAAAAAAGCUGUUUGCAAGAUGAUGAAAGAGUCCAAAAUGGGGGAGAAAACGCCUUCGCCCAAGGCUAGAGCUGUUAUAAAGCCCAAAACUGAAAAUAAUGGAAAUGCUAAGGCUGAAAGCUUGCUUACCAAACAGGAUUCCGAACGGUCUUUAUCCGCUGGCGGACACAAAAAUGUGGGAAGUGGCAAAGCCUCAAAAAAUCAAGAAGGUAAAACUGCAGGUGCUAGACCCAAAGUACUCCCUGGAAGCUCAAGUGUACAGAUUAAAGCAAAACCUUUGAAGAAGACCAGUGGAAAGGAAUCUCCCUCUCUUAUGGGCACAGAAACUCUAAGCAAGUCAACUAACUCCAGCACUGAUCUACGGAUGUCCAUUGAACAGCUCGAUGAACUGAAAGAGGAAAAAUUAACAGAUGAAAGCAAAAAGCAUUCAGCUUUGAAAACAAAGCCUGCUUCGAAGAUGUCUAAUGGAGCUCCUGCUAAAAAACAUGUUAAUGAUCUUGAGGCUAAUGGUUCCAUGAACAGGACUUCGCAUCAUGCAACCAUUUCUUUCUGGAACCAUUCCCAUGCUUGCCACAAAAUUCUGCUUCCCAGAUUUCUUAGAGAAUUCAAGAGGACUUUGGGGAGAGAGUGUCCUCUCAUUUGGGGAAGUUUUUUAAAAUGUGUUUUUCUUAUUGCUUGUUACACUCUCCCUGCCUUAGCACAGAUAAGAUCUUGCCCUCUCCUUGUAAAGAAAUGCACUGGAAAGGGCAACAAUGAACCCCUACCGCAGGCAGUUUUGAAGAAAAGGGGAAAUGAAUCUGGCAACUCUACCAUGCAACAGAAGACAAAAAACGUAGUUAACACUGUGAAAAAUCAAGGUCCACCGGGAGAGACCCCAAAUCUACUGAAGCCUGGACUUUCUCCUAAGCAAAAUGAAGAAAAAAACAUGACCCAGUAUCUAACUCAAUCAGAGAAGCAACCUUCAUCAAAGAAAAAGUCUAAAUCUCCGCAGACGGCUUCAGUUAAAGCCACAGCAAAAAUAAUAACAUCCAAAACCCAAAACCAUUCAAAGAAAAGUGAAAUGGUGAACAAUAAAGACCAAAAACAGAAAACAGUUACAGGGCAACCUGUUCCAAAGCUUCCUUCUUCAAACCAGAAGCAUUCCAGAAGUGAAUCCCCAGUUCAGAAGAAUUUACAUGCAGAAGGACAAAAAAAUUCAACUUCGUUGGGAACUCUGUUACAUAGCAGUAACAAAUCUAGCCCAGGGAAGAAGAAUAACAGCAGAACAUCUUUGCUUGAGAUAGAUAAGAGGCACAUACCUGAUUCAGAAAAAGUGACCCCUCUUGAAGAGAGAGACACCAAAGGAAAUUUGGAACAUCAGUGUGUUGCAGAGCUGAAAACUGAAAAGAUGGCAAAACAGGCUUGUAAGAGUGAGGAUGAUAUAUCAUUUGUAAACAAAACAACUGAAGAACGUAAUGUACAAGAAUUACAGCCUGUCAGAGAGAAGGGUGUGACUUGUGCAAAUGCUAGCCAGAAUCCUGCAAUUUUAGCUUCUAAAGAAUUGAAGUGCAAAACACUUCCUGAUUCUGUUGCCUACCAGAAUCUCUUGGAACAUACAGGAGAGAACCUUUUAACACAAGUAACAUCGGUCGGUUGCAAAUCUAAUGAUACCUCAAAGGAUGUUAACUAUCUUGAAGAUCCAUUGCACAGCUUGUCUGAAACAGCCAAUGACAGCUCUAACUCUGAACAUGAGGGUAGGAAAUCUUCUAAGGCCUGUAUAAUGGGCUCUGAAAGCGCUGAUGAAUUCUCUGAUAAAUCUGCCUUGACUGAAUCCCAAUCGGCUACGGUGGAAUCAGAUGCUGCUUCAAAAUCUUUCGUAGAGCAUGUUGCAGAAAAGUGCUCAUCUAAAGACACCGAUACCACAGAGACACCAGAGAGUCAUGACAACUCAGAGGCCCCCUUUGCAGAUCACUGGAAUCUGAGUUCCAGUGCACUUGAUCCAAAAGAAAGCCCUGAAUCGGACACUGGCAGUGCAACGACAUCAUCCGACGAUAUAAAGCCACGAUCAGAAGACUAUGAUGCAGGAGGAUCUCAGGAUGACGAGGGGUCAAAUGAAAGAGGGAUUUCAAAAUGCAGCACUAUGAUAUGCCAUGAUUUCCUUGGCAGAAGCAGCAGCGAUACAAGUACACCCGAAGAACUCAAAAUCUAUGACACAAGCCUGAGGAUAGAAGUGAAAAUGAAAAAGGAAAACUCUGAUCUCUUCCGUGUUAUUUCAACAAGUGACGACGAGAUCCCUAGGAAAAGGCCUGAAAUGUGGCUGCACCAAGGUGAUGAGAAAAGGGGUGGUGGCUCCAGGGGGAAUAAUGCUAAUUUUGCCGCUGCGCAGUUUCCUCAAGAAGCUGAUCAGGUCUCCUCUUCGGCUGAUGAAACGGAAGAUGAAAAGUCAGAAACGGAAAACGUCGUAGAAAACCUGCCUCUUCCACCAGAAAUCCCUGUUCAGCAGUUCCAUGGAAUUGUGAAUCUCGCAUUUGAAGAUGCAGCAGAUAAUGAUACUGAAAGUCAAGAAUUCCCCGCCACCAAAAACUUUAAGCGUUCAGUAUUGCUUUCAGUGGAUGAAUGUGAAGAACUGGGAUCUGACGAUGGUGGGGAAGCCCACACUUCCCUCCAGCGUUCCCUGGAUGCUGCAACGCCUUCUGACGUGUUUGAUGGCAUUUCCCAUGAGGAUCAUGGCAAGACAUUUUAUUCAAGAUACUCCUUGGAGAUUGAAGACGCAUUCCUGGAGUGUAAGGAGAAUGAUAAGGAAAGGUUAGAUAAAAGUGAGAAUGCUUCUGUAGACCCUUGCGGCAAUGAGCAAAAACCCAAGGACAAGAGUACUCCAGUUAUGGAGCAGAAGCCUGCAGAGAAAGAUUUGAUUGUGAGACAUAGCCCGUCUCCUGCAGAGGUUAAGGAAAACGCCAAGAGUGAAGAGAACAAUGAAUUUCAAUGUAAUAAAGUCUCAGACAGUGACACAAAAUCUCAAGGAAGACCAUGUCACCUGGAUCUUCAUCAAAGAGAUAAUACUGAGUUACAAAAGAACAAUUCUGCAAAACCUGUAGACCCAAGUAGGAGUCAUAUACUGAUUCAGGAAGGCCACGUGAAAGAGAUUGAUUCAGCAUCUACUGAAUACGCUAACUCUGCUUUAUCCGCAGGUAACGUACAGAAAUAAAAGCAUUAAGUUCCUCAAGAUAUUAAGUAUUAGUGGAAUAUUAGAUUUAUAGUUGGGUUUGAGACACUAACUCUAGCAAAUACCUUUAGAAAUUUUAUCCAAACGGUUAUAGAAUUAAAUGCUUAUGUUUCAAACAAAAUAUUAAGUUGCAUACCAUAUUCUUGACCACAAUAGAAUAUGUAUGAUGCUGUCCAGUGGGCAGUUGGGAAUAUUUAUCAUGGGCAAAGCAGAGAGUGGGAUGAUGUUCCCUGCUCUUGAGUUCAUUUUUGACCCAAUAGAACAUAGGCAAUAUCAUCUUUUAAUGGAAACUUGGCUAUCCAUUGGUUCAACAGCCUAUAUGAUUCACAUAAAUAUAUAUCUAUAUCUAUAUAUAUCUAUAUCAAAGUGGGAUGUGCAAUAAGUGCAUUAAUAUUCUCAAUUAAAAGUCCUCUGCGUAUUUGCCUUUAAGAGCUAUAUUCAUUAUUGUUUCUGUUUUGCACAGAGCUAGGGUCUCCUCUUAAGCUGCUGUUGGAUUCAGUGGGGCCCUUACCAUGGGCUUCAGCAGAAGCUGGCCUAUACUCUUAAGAUACUUUUUCAGAAUUAUUGUAGUUCUAAGUUUUGCCAGUGAAAAAAUAAUUUCUUUUUAAAAAGAGAAAGGUCAGCUUUA